AUGAGUCAAUAUCCAGUUCCUCCUCCUUCUUACGGUUCUACUUCCAAGCCCAAUCGCAGCAACGAUCCUCGCGAGCCCCUCGUUGGCAGCAGCUCAGGCGGUGCUUUCUACGACCAGCCUGAGAGCGGCGACCUCCCCGACGACUUCAAGUACGGCGUCAGUGUAGCUGAAAGCGCACCGGAGAUCCGAAGAGCAUUCGUUCGCAAAGUGUACACUAUCCUUAUCUGUCAAAUACUUGCAACAUGUAUCGUCUCCGGGGUCAUGUCUCAGUCUCCCUCCGCAAUUGGUUGGGUUGUUUCGCACUCCUGGUCCUUCUAUGUACCUCUCUUCGGGACACUCGUCAACCUCGGAUUCUUAUACUGGAAGCGCCAUGAUCACCCCCUUAAUCUCCUAUUACUUUCGACCUUUACUGUUUUGGAGGCUUUCACACUUGGAGUCGUAGUUGCUUUCUAUCGAACUGACAUUGUAAUUCAAGCCUUGCUCAUCACUCUGGGAGUGUUCAUCGGUCUAACCCUGUUCACCUUCCAAUCAAAGUAUGACUUUGAAGGGAUGGGUCCUUUCCUUUUCGGUGGUCUCAUCGCAUUGUGCAUGACCGGCUUUGUCGGUAUCUUCAUCCCCUUCGGACGCACUAUGGACCUCAUCUACGCUAUCUUCGGAUGCCUGCUUUUCAGCGGAUAUGUCGUCUACGACACUUACCUGAUCAAUGCGAAAUUAUCACCAGACGAGUACAUCAUGGGAUCCAUCAGCCUUUACCUGGAGUAA